UGAGCUUUGGGUCACGAGAUUCAAAACUUCAUUGAAAUAAAAUCGAACGGUAGAACGAUUUUUUCCAACAAAAAAUAAAUAAAUAAGAAAAAAUGAAGAAGAAGAUGGUAAUGAAUUUCUGACCUAUUUGGUAUUAUUUAUAAGUUAACAUUUUGUUAACUUAAAACAAUUGAACAGGUACAACAUGACCGUUGAAACUGAAACUAGUAAUCAUGCAACUUCGUUGGAAGAGCAAGACCACCUUGAUCGGAGCAAGAAAAAAGUGAAAUCUAGUGAUGCAAAUGGUGGGGAAUUACUGGAGAUUCAAGAUAAUAAUUUGGAAAAGCCAAAUGAGCAGAUGGUGGAGGAUGCUGAUGUCUGUAAUGCCAACAUCGAUAACCUACAAGAAGAUAAUCUGGGAUCCCAGAGAUCUUUCAAGCAAGCCCUUUUACGACCUCGUUUCAAUGAGACUGAGAGAGAACGAAGCUUUGACUGUGAGGCCGCUUAUUUCUCCUCUGAUAAGGAGAUGGACAACGACGACGAAACACAGGAUGCUUCGGAGAAUUAGAGAAACGUCUCGAUUCCGAUCAUUAAGCUACCUGUUGGUCUCCUAAAAAAGGUCAGAGAACCAUGGAAGAAUUGCCUCAUUGUAAGGCUCUUGGGGAAGAAUAUUGGAUAUAACUUGUUCGUAAAUAGGAUGCGCAAGCUGUGGAAUCUUCAAGUAGGUUUUGAAACUCUAGAUAUUGGAAAUGGUUUCUUCAUUGUAAAAUUUCAAGUGAUGGAAGAUUACUCUUUUCACUGGGGGCCAUGGGUAGUGAUGGAUCGGUAUGUGACAAUUCGAAAAUGGCAACCUGAUUUUAAAUCAGAUGAGGCGGAAGAGGAUACAACCGCCAUUUGGGUGAGGUUCCCUAAUCUGCCUAUUGAAUAUUAUGAUGAAAAGGUCCUCUAUCAUAUUGCGAAGGUGCUUGGAAAGCCCUUAAAGGUAAACAUUAAUAUUGCCAUGGCAGCACGGGGAAAGUAUGCAAGGGUAUGUGUUGAGAUAGACCUACGUAAACCGCUCAUAUCCCUUAUUACCAAUGGACGUUACCAUUACGUUGUGGAGUAUGAACACUUACACCUUUUGUGUUUUUCUUGCGGUCGUAUUGGUCAUCGGAAGGAGAAAUGCACUGAAUUUCCGGUGAUAUAGCCGAAGAAGAUGAUACAAAAUAUGACCGUUAAUCAAAAGGACACAGAGACUGGGCCGAGAGAAGCACAGCCCAAUGGGCAAACAAAUAAAAAGUCAUCUAAUGAACAAGAAACCCAUGGUUAUGGGCCGUGGACCAUAGCAACCAAUAGAAGAAAAUACCAACAUGGAAAGCAAAAACAGAAGACCCAUGUCCAUAAGAGCAAUCGAUUUGAAAGUUUACAGGUAGACCAAGAUCAGGGAGAAACCAGUGCAACCCUGGAAAUUAAAGCAGCUCAAAGAAAAUAUGUUGACCUCAACAUGGGCCCUCAGUCUUUUCAAGGAGAAAUUUCGUAUGUGCAAAAACAAAGCCCAAUAGGCCCAACUAACCACAUGAAAGAUGGAGGGCCAGAAUUAGGGUUGGAUGUUGUAUCUGGGCCCAAAGAAAAAGAGAUGAUCUGCUGUGAGAACCCAAAACAUUCCAAGCAAAAAGGCUCACAACCUAGCUUAAAUAAGCUAAAUGCUCAAGGAAACCUAAUUUUCUUCCCGCUACUACAGCACCCACCAUAGACAAUAAUACCAAUUUGAAUACGGCCACCGACCUUGAUAUCCGUGUGCAAAUCAGAAAAGACAAACCACCAGAUUUGUCGGUCAGAAAGGAGGGACGCUUUAAUGGAGGAAACGGCAGAGAACAUCCCAAUGUCAGAACACCGAGUGGACCAAUUCAAAACUCUGAUGUUCUUAGAACUAGAGAAAGAAAUGUAUCACCACGUCGGAAUCGAUUGGUGGCUAGAAGAGGUGAAGCUGCUGAUUCAAUCAUGGUGGGAGAGAGAUUCACACAACGUGAGGCACAUGGUGCUUGUGAAACCCGCGAAGCCGCUGGAGGAAGACCAAAAGACUGUGCGAAAUAUUUUGGGACUAUCUGAGGCAGAGGAUUGGCCAACCCACAAAUUGUCGUCUAUGGAUAUGCUAAUAUGGAAUUGUAGGGGUGCUGGUAAUGCUCGAUUUCGGAGAAAUUUGUGGGAAUUAGUAAGGCUACAUAAACCGGACAUGAUCAUACUCAUGAAGACAAAAGUGGAGCUAAAUACGAUGGGUAUGUUUUUCAACAAUCUGGGGUUCACAGCCUCAACCCAUGUAGAUCCGACUGGCAGAAGUGGAGGCAUUUGGCUACUUUGGAAUCCUAGUCAAACCAAUGUGAGAGUUCAUGAUGCUUCUUCCCAGAUGAUCACAACUACUAUUUCAAGACAAGAUUAUCUUGACUGGGUAUUAUCUGCAGUUUAUGCUAGCUCGAAUAUUCGAAUGAGAGAUGAACUCUGGAAUGACUUGACAACAUUGGCUCAACACACACAAAAACCAUGGCUUGUAGCAGGGGACUUUAAUGACUACUCAAGCUUUGAGGAUAAAAGGAGCUUCUCAACUUCUCCAUCUCAAAACUUAAGCCAGAGUCAAAGAAGGAGCCAAAAAUUCUCUGAUAGAAUUAGUAGUUGCAACCUCAUGGAUUUAGGUUGUGUUGGCCCUAGACUCACUUGGACUAAUAAUAGGAAAAGGUGGGCUAAUACAAUGGUGAGAUUGGACCGUGCACUCUGUAACACAGAAUGGCAAACUUUAUUUCCUGAGGGCUAUGUCCAUAACUUGCCUCGAACCUAUUCAGAUCAUUCUCCUAUUCUUCUUCAUACUCAAGGAAAAAUCAAACUUGACACGGAUGGCAGUACUCGCAGGCAUGGAGGAGGUGGCGGUUUUGGUGGAUUAUUUUGGGAUGAAACAGGAGCAUGGAUUAGUGGAUACUAUGGAAGGCUUGAAAUAUGCACCUCUCUUGAAGCAGAACUUUGGACAGUCUACAAGGGGCUGACUAUCAUACUCCAACGAGGUUUCAAUCAAGUGAUAAUAGAAACGGAUGCGGAGCAAGUGGUGAAACUGUUGAGUGAUGAUCUGGGUGAAAGAUGUCCUUUUUGGGGCAUUGUGGAAGAUGCACGUAUUAUCAUGAGAGGAUGUGACUGCUCCAUCCAGCACAUUCGAAGGGAAGCUAACAUUUGUGCUGAUGCAAUGGCCAAAUUAGGCGAAUAUCAACCGGCAGAUCUUCUUAUUGUAAAUGAACCACUUGAAGAACUCCGCACCUUACUUGUUGCGGACAUUGUGCAUCUCUCUGAGGAGAGUGAUAGGAUGUAGUUCAUGUAUUGACUUUAAUUUCCGAUGUACCCAAAAAAAAAAAAAAAGGAAUUAAAAUAAAUUUUAAAUUAA